AUGCUUGAAAUUACUUUGACCUUGCUGCUGCUGCUGGCGGUGCUCUUCUAUAUAUUCAUGACCUGGAAUUUUGGAUACUGGCGCAAGCGCAAGGUUCCGGGUCCGGCACCGCGUAUCUUCAUUGGCAAUUAUCCGCACAUGUAUAAUAUGAAGCGACAUGCGAUCUACGAUCUCGAUGAAAUAUAUCGGCAAUACAAGCAGCAAUACGAUGCGGUCGGCAUCUAUGGGUCACGCAGUCCGCAGCUUCUGGUGAUCAACCCGCAGCUGGCACGACGCGUCUUUGUAUCGGAUUUCAAGCACUUCCAUGAUAACGAAAUAUCCCAAAUGGUGGAUGAGAAGUCCGAUUUUAUAUUUGCCAACAAUCCGUUCGCCCUGGUCGGCGAGGAGUGGAAACAGCGGCGAGCGGACAUUACGCCCGGAUUGACCAUGGGUCGAAUCAAAACUGUCUACCCGGUGACCAUAGAGGUGUGCCAAAAGUUGACCGAGUGGCUGCGCAAGCAAAUCCGCCUGGCUGCACCAGGCGGCAUCGAGGCCAAGGAUAUGAGCCUGCGCUUCACCUCUGAAAUGGUCACCGACUGCGUGCUUGGCCUGAAGGCCGAGAGCUUCACGGACAAGCCCACACCAAUUUUGGCCUACAUUAAGGAACUGUUCACUCAGCCCUGGACCUUCGUUGUGUACUUUGCGCUGGUCAACACUUUGCCGGCUCUGCGACAUGUCUUCAAGCUGCGCUUUGUGUCGCGGCGCAUUGAGAACUUCUUUGUGGACGUGAUGCAGAGCGCAAUAGACGCACGACGUGGCCAACAGGCUGCCGGCAAGCAGUUCGAGCGCGUCGACUUCCUCGACUAUAUACUGCAGUUGGGCAGCAAAAGGCAUCUGAACACACGCCAAUUGACCGCCAACACAAUGACUUUUCUGCUGGAUGGAUUCGAGACGACGGCGACAGUCAUAAGCCACAUGCUGCUGCUGCUGGCACGGGAUGAGCAGGUGCAGCAGCGUUUGCGGGAUGAACUGGAGGCCCAUCUCAAUGCCAAGGGCGUCAUUGAUUUUGACAAGUUAAAUGAGCUGCCCUUUCUGGAUGCCUGUGUGCAGGAAUCCAUACGCAUCUUUCCACCCGGCUUUAUGUCCAUCAAAUUGUGCACUGAGCCGCUGGAGUUGACCAACAAGAAUGGGGAGAAUUUCAUUGUGGAGCGCGGCACCACUGUGGUUGUGCCGCAUUACUGUUUCAUGCUGGACGAGGAAUACUUCCCCAAUCCCCAGGUUUUCCAGCCCGAUCGUUUCAUGCAGCCCGAUGCCGCCAAAAUGUAUCGCGAGCAGGGUGUCUUCAUGGGCUUCGGCGAUGGCCCGCGCGUUUGCAUAGGCAUGCGUUUUGCCAUGACACAGAUCAAGGGCGCCAUUGUCGAGGUGCUAACCAAGUUCAAUGUUCGUGUCAAUCCCAAGACCCGCACGGACAAUCUUUAUGAUCCCGCAGCCUUUAUAACCACUUUGAAGGGCGGCAUUUGGCUGGACUUUGAGCCGCGUCAAUGAAGCUUUAACUUAUGAUUUUAUUGUUUUUCUCAGCGCCGAUUCAUACUCAAUAAUAAACACUUUCAAUAACCCCUCCGCA